GAGAUCAUGCGACUCUUCAGUAGAACUGAAGUCCGGCUGUUGUGGGAAACUGGUUCGUCUCUGCCAACUCAGUGUACUUCAGAAAAACAGUUUUCCUUCCCGCGAGAGGGGACUGCCAUGCUCUUAUAUGAUUCCUUCAUCAUAAGUUUAGCAUUAUUAAAACUCACUGCCAUAAUGGUCUGCAGAGCGUGUGGUAAUGCUGAGUACGAAAUUAAUGGCGAGUGCUGCCCAACGUGUUCUGCAGGACACCGUGUAUAUAAACACUGCUCAGGAGAUUCCAGCACAACGUGUGUGCAAUGCAGUCAGUCCACAUACAUUGAUUUUCCAAGUGGAUUGAUAAAGUGCUUCUCCUGCACUGUGUGUGAUGAAGGUAUUGGAUUAAGAACAAAACAAGAAUGUCAGUCAUCUGCAGACGCUCUGUGUGAGCCUCUGUCGGGGUAUUACUGUAUAGAAACACACGGCAAGAACUGCAGAAAAGCAACACCGCACUCCACCUGCCUUCCUGGACAAUAUAUUAACCAAACUGGUACAGCUUUUACUGAUACUGUAUGUAGAGACUGCUCAGAAGGUUCAUAUUCAGACGGCUAUUUCACAUUCUGUAAACCACAUAGACAGUGUGAGUCUAUGGGGCAGAUAACAACCACACUGGGAACAAAGUCAACAGAUUCUGAAUGUACAGAUAAACGUUCUCAUUUUCUCUCCUUAGUCGCCUUUUCUUUACCUGUGUUAGUAACGUUAGGGUUGGCAUUAUGGAGAUAUAUAUAUGUGUAUAUAGGAAGAAAAAGAAUAGAGAGGCAAGAAAAUGAAGCUGAUUUACCAUCAACCCCAGCACAGAGUGACAAAGACCAUCAUUUAUGAUCUUUUUUCUAUAAUUUGUCUUUGGUGUUUGUUGCUUUCACUUAUUUGUGUUUUAUUAAGAGUUCUUAUGCACAAGAAAACUUUAAUAAAUAUUGUACGUAUUUUUUUCAGUUCAUUGUGUCUGUCUCUUUUUUUAGGCACAGUAACAAUGUCACUACUUUUGUUUGCAGUGAUUUGUGGAUUGUAGUUCUACACUACACAAAAAACUGGUAGAACAUGUGGUUGGAGUGCGUCAUUAGAUAACACCUUGUGCUUGAG